AUGUGGGCUCUGGUAAUUGCCCACCUCCUUGUACUGCUCCCACUCCUGCAGGCCUCCGUCGAGUUCGAGCUCCACGGCAACGUCUACCCUGAUGGCUACUUCUACGUUGUCAUGAACGUUGGGGAACCCGCGAAGCCCUACUUCCUGGACGUCGACACUGGCAGCCCCGUCACAUGGCUGGAGUGUGACUUCCCCUGCCAGAGCCCCAAACAUGGGCCAAACGACAUGUACAAGCCAGGACCGAGCAACAUGGUGUCCUGUGAAGACGACCGCUGCGUCGCGUUGCACAAGGACCUGCGCGCCGUGCACGACUGCAGUAAGAACCCAGACCGAUGCGACUACAAGGUAAGAUACGUGGAGGAGUCAUCCACAGGCGUGCUCCUCGCAGACAAGUUCUCCCUCCCAACAAGCAUUGAGAACCGACCCAACCUCGCGUUCGGCUGUGGUUACAACCAAAAAGGUGGCCAAGAUCAGGCGAUCCCGUUGGACGGUGUCCUCGGCAUCUCCGGGGGAACGGGUGACUUCACCUCGCAGCUAAAGCAGCAAGGGAUUAUCACCGAGAAUGUCGUGGGCCAUUGCAUCAGCAUCUAUGGCGGUGGCUUCCUCUACUUUGGGGGCGACAGCAACAUGGUGCCCACUUCCGGUAUAACCUGGCUUGCCAUGGCUCAGAGAAUCGGGACUUACUACACACCUGGCGAAGCAACACUGAACCUCAAUGUGCAACAGGAAUACCCGGUGAGCAUGAAACCAAUGAGGACAAUCUUUGACAGCGGUACCACAUACACCUACGUGCAUAUGACCACAUACGCUCGCCUUAUUAACGCGGUUGGAAUCACUCUCCAGAGUUCGUCACUUAAAAGAGUGUAUGAUACUGCGCUGCCUGUAUGCUGGAAAGACAUAGAACCAAUUCGAUCCGUUGACGACGUCAAGAAUAAAUUCCAGCCACUUGAUCUGACCUUUGGCCAUGGUGACAACCAGGUCACCCUGGAGAUCCCUCCAGAAAACUAUAUUAUUGUCUCGGAAAGUGGGAAUGUGUGCUUGGGCAUCCUCAAUGGAUCACAGAAAGGUCUGCAGGAACUGAACCUUAUUGGAGGUAUUGCAAUGCAAAAUCAUAUAGUGAUAUAUGAUAAUGAGAGACAACAGAUCGGGUGGGUCCGCUCGUCGUGCGAUGGAAUGCCGGGUCAUGCGCCUCUCAUCGGGUCGCGUCUGUGA